GGAGGUCACUAGAGUUUGGCCAAUUUAAUCUGGAUCAGGUGGAGGCAAUCUGCCUUCAUUAGUUUCUGAUUCUCCUUCUGGGAACAGUGUACUAGCCAGGUGAUAUUCUCAUAGUAAAUGCAAAGAGGAAGAACACCCAGUAUGGAAGCCAUCUCAAAUUUCUAUGCAAAGUGUAUUAAUUUUCUGUUCAUCAAAGUAAGUUAAAUGAUUGAACUUCAAGUUCAGGGGAAAGGUAGAAAGCGUGUGAUGGGAGGAUACUGCAAGAUUAUAUAUCAAAGGGUCUGGUACUCAGGAAUACUUAUAAAAUUGCUGAACAUUUUAAUUAAAUAAUAAAUAUUUAAACAUUAGACUUGAGAGAAACUUUACCAAAGGCCUAAGAAUUAGAGCUAUGUUUGAUAAAUAAAUAUUAUUCGUGGGCUGAAAACGUGAGUGGGAAAAUAGGACUAACUUCACCUGGACAACCUCCUGGAAACUGAUUUUUUAUUUUGGAAAUUAUGAGAAAAUAAUUAGUUCCAUUCAUAAGUGGUGUGCACAUGUGUGUGUUUGUGUGUGUAUUUAUGAGCUUGUGAAUAAUGAAGUUACACAAAAGCAUUAGCAGCAAUCUGAUCUUAAGCAGUAUUGGCCUGCCUGUGGUUCUGAAGUAAAUCUUAGAUGCUUUUGAUAAAAGAAGUUUGGAUUCUGUGUAUUUAAAUCUGGCAUUUAAAAAAGUCCAUAUUGGUGAUGAUCUUAGUUAUGAUCAAGCUCCCUUUAAGAUUUUAGACAUUUACUAUACGAUCUACAUAUUGGGUUAUAAAACUUCCCAAAUAACUGAAGUCGUUAAAGAGAAAUGAUGGAGAGGUUACACAAGGAAAAACUGCAAACACUGAAAGUGAAUAUGUCCUCGUUUGCCUACUAGCAAAUGAGAAUUCAGGUUUCAUGUCAACUUCAGUAUGAAUAAUUCCAGCCUAUAACAAGAACAGAUGGUGAAUGAAUGAGUUAAUUUGACUUGUUUUGAAAAUAAGAAUGUUUUUCAUAAAGAGAGCAUCGAACUUAUCCGUUAGCAUGCCGUGGUGAUUUCUGGCUUGACACUCGUCACAACAAUUAAAAGUAAAAAGUGUCACAGCACAUACACAAAUCAGGUGCAUAUAGAAUUUAAGGUCAGGAUAUUCAAGCAAUCACAACCAGUGAUAUUACACCAGCAUUUAAAAAAUUUCUUUUUGUCUGUUCAGACAUGAUAACUUUUCUACCCAUCAUUUUUUCCAUUCUAAUAGUGGUUGUAUUUGUUAUUGGAAAUUUUGCUAAUGGCUUCAUAGCAUUGGUAAAUUCCAUUGAGUGGGUCAAGAGACAAAAGAUCUCCUUUGCUGAUCAAAUUCUCACUGCUCUGGCGGUCUCCAGAGUUGGUUUGCUAUGGGUAUUAUUACUACACUGGUAUGCAACUGAGUUGAAUCCAGCUUUUUAUAGUGUAGAAGUAAGAAUUACUGCUUAUAAUAUCUGGGCAGUAACCAACCAUUUUAGCAACUGGCUUGCUACUAGCCUCAGCAUGUUUUAUUUGCUCAAGAUUGCCAAUUUCUCCAACCUUAUUUUUCUUCGCAUAAAGAGGAGAGUUAAAAGUGUCGUUCUGGUGAUACUGUUGGGGCCUUUGCUAUUUUUGGCUUGUCAUCUUUUUGUGAUAAACGUGAAUGAGAUUGUAUGGACAAAAGAAUAUGAAGGAAAUUUGACUUGGAAGACCAAAUUGAGGAAUGCAAUGUACCUUUCAAAUACGACUCUAACCAUGCUAGCAAACCUUGUACCCCUCACUCUGACCCUGAUAUCUUUUCUGCUGUUAAUCUGUUCUCUGUGUAAACAUCUCAAGAAGAUGCAGCUCCAUGGCAAAGGAUCUCAAGAUCCCAGCACCAAGGUCCACUUAAAAGUUUUGCAAACUGUGACCUCCUUUCUCCUGUUAUGUGCCAUUUACUUUCUGUCCAUGAUCAUAUCAGUUUAUAAUUUUGGGAGGCUGGAAAAGAAACCUGUCUCCAUGUUCUGCCAAGCUAUUAUAUUCAGCUAUCCCUCAACCCAUGCAUUCAUCCUGAUUUGGGGAAACAAGAAGCUAAAGCAGAUUUUUCUUUCAGUUUUGUGGCAUGUGAGGUACUGGGUGAAAGACAGAAGCCUUCGUCUUCAAAGAUUCACAAGAGGGGCAUUGUGUGUCUUCUAGCAGAAAAACUGGUGGUGUAUGAAACAUUUUAUAUUUCUUACUGGGCUUUCUGUAAUAUAUGUAUAUGAAUAAUUUCCAAAUGUAUACCUAGAAAAGUCUUUUACCUAAAGUUAGUCUAGAAAAGUAUAUAUAUAUAUAUAGAUAUAGAUCUGU